AAGAAAAACACACCUAAGUAUCGGAAUGAACUGGGUAAAAUGCUUGCCCAUAGUGUUAAUGACUAUUAGAAUAACCCCUGAUAGGGAGGAGCUAUCUCCAUUUGAGAAGGUUUAUGGUAGACCCUAUAGAAUUCCCCAAUUAGGACGAUUGGAGGUAGCAGAUAUAGAAAUAGAAAGCAGUAUGGUGGAACACAUGAGGAGGUUGUUCAUUAACCAAACCCGUAUAUCAAAAGUUUUAUGCCCAACAGGAGAACUACAGAAGGAGGUGGCACACAAGAUUCAACCAGGAGACUGGGUCUGGGUCCAAUCACUAAAGAAAAAAAUGGAAGCAGCCACGGUGGGAGGGACCAUUCCAAGUACUCCUGGUGACUGCCUUCGCGGUGAGAUUAGCCGAAAGAGCAACCUGGGUGCAUAUCACACAUUGUAAGAGGGUAAGACACCUUGUCACUGUCAAACAAUCACAGGAGUAGGAGAGGAACCGUAACCCAUAGGGUACGGGGGUCAAACUCCUUCUGAAGAUUCCCUAAUACCCAACUUUUCCCCAGCUGUGAGCGUUCAUAGAAGUGAAGUGAUGGCUUGGCCUCUGGCUGUUGAUAUGUUCUCUGGGAGAGGGUGGGGCUUCACAUGUGCGCUGACCGUCCUGAGCUGUUUAAUUGUGGGGGUCAUAUUCCUGAUCCACCAUGAUCCCCCGGAGAAUGCCAAAGAGGCUAGCUUGACUCAUGUGCUAGACGAGGGAACUUUGAUAUUACCAAAGCAUCUCAAAAGGUCACUGAAACAAAACAGUAAGAAAGUGAGAGUGGAAUUGGGUAAGGAUAUCUCAGUCUAAUUUUAUGUAGACCAAAUGGGGUCAUUCACUCCUUGGCGGUCUAGAACCAUGGGUCUCUAUGGGAAGUAUUUGUGGAAAUCACCGUGUAAUUCAUGGAGUCAGGUCAUAGCUCACACUGAAAGGGAUGGCUAUGUAAACCCAUACACCCAAUUUGGGACCAGAUGGAGUAUAGUAAGGGUUGGUGUUUCGGACUGUGUUCCCGAGCAGAGGAAGUAUUGUAUAAAGGUGCAAAUUAACAUUAAAGCGGUCAAGACCCAGGAUCUCGGGUUAUGGUAUGUAGGCUUUGACCAGUUUUCAACUGAUACUAUGAUACCGUUCCAGGUGGCAGAGGUUAGAGUUGAUAAGGAGAAUAUGGUUGGCCGGAGUUCAACCAAUCUCUCUAACACAACGGAUAUUCCUAGUGUAAUCAUCCAGGGUAAAGGACCAGUAGGAAUAGUUCAGACCAAAGACCUUAAAUAAGUUAUAGAGGUGGAGACUGGGUUUGGGGAUUCCAACUUAUGGUUGGAAAGGAUUCAAUAUACGGCCAGAUCAGUAGCUAAAGAAUUAUUUUAUACCUUUAUUUAACUAGGCAAGUCAGUUAAGAACAAAUUCUUAUUUUCAAUGACAGCCUAGGAACAGUGGGUUAACUGCCUGUUCAGGGGCAGAACAACAGAUUUGUACCUUGUCAGCUCAGGGAUUUGAACUUGCAACCUUUUGGUUACUAGUCUAACUCUCUAACCACUAGGCUACCCUGCCACCCCGAAUGUUAUGCCUGUGCAACUGCAAAACCCCAGUUGACAACUAUCCCUUUUUCACUUAACGGAAUGAAUUCCCCUAAGGGAAUGGCCUGUAUGGUAAAGCUGUUCACGAAAGCAGGAAUGCCAGAUAAUGACAGAUGUAUUGAUUUGCACUAUUCAUAUCCCCAGGUUCCCCUUAAAUCAAGACUUUCUCCCUUUACAGUGACCGGAAGAGAAUAUUACUGUUUGGCCCGGUACAGUACUCAUGGGAAAUAUGUGGGGGAAGUUAGUACCUGCAAUAGGACAGAAAAUAUUACCACUGACGAGACCAUGUCUGAUUUGACAGGCUGGUUGAACUCUGGGGAUUUCAAUAAGGUAAAGUGGGCCAGGGCUGACAUCUGGUGGUUGUGUGGGGGAAUGAUGUUCUGGCCAGUAUUACCGGCAGAUUGGACAGGAUUAUGUGCUCUUGUACAUUUGGGAAUGCCUUUCACACUCAUUCAAAACCAAGACAUGAAGUUAGCCAAACGGGAGAAAAGAGGUACUCCAUCUGGGUCUUUUGAUGACAGAGUAUAUAUUGAUAACAUUGGGGUUCCACAGGGGGUGCCAGAUGAGUUCAAAGCAAGAAAUCAGAUCCUAGCAGGAUUAGAGUCAAGCAUUUUCUGGUGGUCUACUCUCAAUAAGAACGUGGACUGGAUUAAUUAUAUUUAAUAUAAUCAACAGCGCUUUAUCAAUUAUACCAGAGAUGCUAUUAAAGGUUUGGCAGAACAGACUGAAGCAACCAGCCUGAUGGCUUGGCAGAAUAGAAUUGCAUUAGAUAUGUUAUUGGCUGAAAAGGGAGGAGUAUGCGUGAUCUUCGGGAACAUGUGUUGUACUUUCAUCCCAAAUAACACAGCUCCGGAUGGAUCAUUGACCAAAGCCUUAGCUGAUUUGACCACCCUCUGGGGUGGACACUUCUCUGACUAAUUGGUUUGAUAGUACGUUUGGAAAAUGGAAAAAUGUUAUGAUCACUGUGUUAUGGGCUACAUUCACCUGUGUCACUGUUUUAGUUUUAUGUGGCUGUUGUCUAAUUUCCUGUGUACGAGGCCUUAUUUCCAAGACUCUGGAGAAAUCGAUGACACAACAGAUGGUGAGGUACGGGCCUAUUCCAGGUUCUGGCCCGUGGAGUGCUGAAUGCAUGUCUACAGAACAAGUAGAUGAAUCUGGAUCCUUCAUUUGCGGGGAACUUAUGUUUGGAAAUGUACCCGGACACCUGACUGGCUUUGGCACAGGCCUCCACAUGCUUCACAGCACUCUGUGACAGAUCUGGAUGCUGCAGGGCCUGCUGGGUCAGCUCAGGACACGACACAACCUUCUGAGUUAAGCCUAGACAAUCAAACCUCCUCAGGAUCAUCUUGAUCUCAGAGGGGUUACUGGGGUCAGCACACAGGAUUGACUCCCAGAGGACUGUGGCCUUGCGCUGGUCAGCAGUUCCAGCACGGUAAGUGGCUUGGACUUUGGAGUCAAGAGAUGGAGCUGUGGUCGGGUUGUUCUCACUAGAGAACAGAGACUUGGCUGGUAGGCCACUUUUAAUAUGGAGACUGAGGUUCUCUAAGGUGUGUCCUACAGUAACCUCAGCACACAGAUCCAAGAAAAUGUGUUUUCUCUCAGAAGAGAGAAUUAGAAGAGAUUAAUCCUAUGUACACCUGAAGAAUGGGGAUAGUAUUUCGAUUUUACAAGCUAGUUGAAUUUACACUAUUUCUUAAAGACCCACUCCAGCCUCCAUAGCACCUCAGUUAUCAUCUGAUUUACUUAACAAAAGGUGCAUUUCAGUAGCUGGUGCAGAUCUCCUCAUGACAUGGCACAAGUGGAUGGGUGGGCAUUUUGUCCUCUAUUGCUCCUCUAUUGUUCCAGCAAUCAAAGGGGAAUGCUGAUGACAUCUGAGUUCACCAAUCAGAGAGACCAACUCCUUGAAUACAUUUUUUUCUUCUCCUGAAAAACACUAUUUUGCUCAAGUAUGUUUACUUCACCCUUACGUGCCGGUACUUUACUGUAUAUAUACUCGGAAUAUCGUUUUUCAAUGGAGGAAGAAAAAAAAUAGCUGGAGAGUGUCUUUAACAAAUAGACGUCUUGAUUUGAAAGGCUCUGGGAAGACAAUUAUUUUGACUAUUUAGAGUGUUUGUCAUAGGCCUACAGGUCAAACCAGUCCACUUUCUACUAAUGUAGUUUAUGAAAGUUAAAUCAGGAAGGCUGGUCUGAAUGCAUAGUCGUGGGAAGUAGGGGUGCACCAUCAGCACCCCCUGAAAUAUAUGAAGAAAUAUUUUUUUUUUUAAUAGUUCUGUAUUAGCGGACCAAUAAAGUCGUCUCCUCCUGCUCAGCAUCAUUCAAAUGCCAAUCUUUGAACAUCUUUGCCCAAAAGUGUUGAUAUUCAUUCAUCCUCAUCCAUUACACCUAAUAGCACAACAAAUGGCGUAAUACCAAUAUAAUACCAAUAUAAUACCAAUACCAAUAAUAAAUAUGUGACUUUUCUUUCUUCAAAAAUGCAUAAAACAUUGUGUAAAAAUAUCAUGAAGCCAACAACAACAAAAAUACCCACAAUCCUCUAAUAAGGAGCCACAUGUUAAGUUGUUGCAAGAACAUAACAUUCUUAAGUUGAGAGAAAAUAUUAUGCAAGUUGUUUUUACAUGCAAAUAAUCAUUCAGUUUUGCAAUAUAUUAAAUUGAAUUUACAUUUUCAAAAGUCAAGCUUUUUUAACACAAAAAUUAAGUAAAACCAGAAACAUGCAUGAAAAUCAUUACAUUUACUAAGCCACUGAAUAUUUUUUUUUUACAGUGCACCACCAGAUGGUUUGGACUUUACCACCACCUCCUCAGAAGGAAAUCAUUUGGCAGAAAUAACAUAUUGUUUUACUGUAUCUGUAACGGUUCUCUUGUGGUGAAGGAGAGUCGGACCAAAAUGCAGCGUGUAGAUUGCGAUCCAUGUUUAAUAAACAAACGUAAAACACGAAUCAAUUACAAACACUACAAAACAAAGAACGUAACGAAAACCGAAACAGCCUAUACUUGUGAAAACUAACACAGCGACAGGAACAAGGACACUAAGGACAAUCACCCACGAAACACACAAAGAAUAUGGCUGCCUAAAUAUGGUUCCCAAUCAGAGACAACGAUAAACACCUGCCUCUGAUUGAGAACCACUUCAGACAGCCAUAGACUUAACUAGAACACCCCACUAAGCUACAAUCCCAAUACCAACACACCACAUACAAAAACCCCAUGCCACACCCUGGCCUGACCAAAUAAAUGAAGAUAAACACAAAAUACCUCGACCAGGGCGUGACAGUAUCAUUUAUCAAUACAACUGUCAAGCAAAGCCUUGUUAUUGCCUCUUUAGCGACACAAUUGAAGCAAUAAGGAAAGCUGUGAUGGGAAUUUCAGUUUACUGUAAUUGACCCCAACCAUUUCCCUACCAUAACCUGCUCCAAUGUUGUUUUCAGUUUACUUCCUGAAUUGAGUGAAUUGACCACAACCAACCCCGGACUCUCAUGACAGGUUUAACUAUUACAAUUAGUAGCUGGAGAUCUGGUCCUGGUAGCCAAGAUGACAUCCAACCAUGACCUGCAUAGGGCCAACUGUUUUAGAUGUUCAUGACUCUAUAUGAAAAAAAUAUAUUGUAAUAUCCAACAAUAUUGGUUGCGUGGGGUAAAUUGGUUAGAAUUGUGUACUUUGGAGUAUCAUGCCAUUCAUUGGAACUGCUGAAAAUGUUGGUACCUUUUAAUUUAAAGUAUAAAGCCAUGCCUACUAAAGUGAAUGAUUACCUACUAAUUUUAAUGUGAAGUGUGUGUGUGUGUGUGUGUGUGUGUGUGUGUGUGUGUGUGUGUGUGUGUGUGUGUGUGUGUGUGUGUGUGUGUGUGUGUGUGUGUGUGUGACAUUAAUCAUUUAACAGCAGUUCUCCCAGGCUAUGGUCUGCACAAAUACUAAUAAUACAUACAGUACCAGUCAAAAGUGUUGUAUGUAUCCAACAAUAUUGAUUGCGUGGGGUAAGUGGGUUAGAAUUGUGUAAUUCAGAGCAUCAUGCCAAAACUUGGAAAUGCUGAAAAUUGUGAUAUUGUAGGUUAGUAAUUCAUUUUCAACCACAUUUGUUCCAUGUUUUGUACCUUUUAAUUUCAAGAGUUUGUAGGCAGUAUAAAGCCAUGCCUACUAAAGUUAAUGAUUACCUACUCACUUUAAUCUGAGUUGAGUGUGUGUGUCAUUCAUUAUUUUACAGAAGUGCUCCCAGACUAUGGUCUGCACAAAUACUAAUAAUACAUUCUUUAGAUAAAUAAUUUUGUUAUGGGUCCUCUUAGGCGAUCUUUAUCACAUAUAUGCUUCUUCAGAAACCUCUUUCUCAUCCUAAUGUCUGCUUUAAUCUCACUUCUCCUCUGGAACACUCUGAGACGCCCAACCUGUUCUGAGAGAAGCCCGCUCCCAGCACCUGACCUCCUGCCACAAGACUACGCAGACGACCUGCCUGCCUGCUCAGCCAUCAUCAGAGGAGACCUGAAGGGCAUCGACAAGGAGCAGCUCAGAAGACUUCUGAAAACAAAGAAUAAGCCCAAGCUUCUGUCUGAGGCGUUCUACCACGACGUGACCCGAAACUGUAAAACGUACGCUACAGGCAGAGGGUUCGUCAUGAUGCCCCUGAGUGUGGAGGAGAGAGACUUCCCCAUCGCCUACUCCAUGGUGGUCCAUGAGAAGAUUGAGAUGUUUGAGCGACUCCUGCGUGCCGUGUACACACCUCAGAAUGUAUAUUGCGUGCAUGUGGACCAGAAAUCCUCAGAAGAAUUCAGGACUGCAGUAAAGGCUAUUGUGACUUGUUUUACCAAUGUGUUUGUGGCAAGUAAGACAGAGAGUGUGGUUUACGCAUCGUGGUCUCGAGUGCAGGCAGAUCUAAACUGUAUGAAGGACCUGUUGAAGUCACCUGUCCAGUGGAGGUACCUGCUCAAUACCUGUGGAACAGAUUUCCCCAUUAAAACCAACGCAGAGAUGGUUCAGUCACUCAAACUGCUCAACGGGAGGAACAGCAUGGAGUCUGAGACCACCGUCGACUAUAAGAAACACCGGUGGCAGUAUCAGCACAAUAUAACCAAUAACAUAGUAGUCAGAACAGACGUUACGAAGAGCCCUCCUCCAAUCAGCACCCCCAUGUUUUCCGGAAAUGCCUAUUUCGUGGUCUCCAGGGACUUUGUCCAUCACGUGUUUGACAGCCAGGAGGUUCGGGCCCUGCUGGAGUGGGAGAGGGACACCUACAGUCCUGAUGAGCACCUGUGGGCCACUCUGCAGCGCAUGCCCUCAGUGCCAGGGUCUAACCCUCCUCACGCCAAGUACCAUGAAUCAGACAUGAACGCCAUCGCUCGCAUGGUAAAGUGGAGUUACCUGGAAGGAGAUGUGAGGAAAGGAGCCCCAUAUCCACCCUGCUCCGGUGCCUCCAGGAGAGCUGUGUGUGUCUACGGGGCUGGAGAUCUACGGUGGCUCCUACAACACCACCACCUCAUCGCUAACAAGUUUGACCCAGAGGUGGAUGAUGUAGCCGUUAGAUGUCUGGAGUCCUACCUUCGUUUUAAAGCAACAUAUGGUUCAUCUGGAAGUAUCUGGAAAAAGCCACGAAAUGAGAAAGGUUUGCACAUACCGUAAUGUACAUUUUUUUUAAAUUUGUGUUUUGGUAUAAUUUUUACGUGGCUGUUUUACCUAUUGAAUUGAACACACUGAUUGGAAGAGGCUAUGGAUAAGAGCAUCUGCUAAGUUAUACCAAAAAUGUGCAUUUUCAUGUUGCAUUUAGAAUACACUCUCUAAACAACAGUUAUAUAUUUACACAGUCUAUAUAAUGUCAGUAUAGGUUGUAAAAAAAAAAUCAUAAUUGGGGUGUUCAAAUAUGUUGGGAAUUGUGGCACAGGAGAGUCUGAAAAGAAUGAAAUACCCUAACCCUGUUCAAUGUCAGCAGCAAUUUCCGGUGUGAAAUUAGACAGUCAGAGGAUUUUCUUCUGAAUAACUGGUCAGGGUAUACCACGUUCCAUUCAACUUCAGCCAACUUUGAUGUAAAGGCUUGAUAACACCUGUACUGACUACUUCUAUACGUCAUGCCCAUUGUUGCUUGUCGAUUGUUCACUAGAAAAAGCAAUCACUUGGUUGCGGUGACUGAAAGGCUUGGAUAGCUGUGGAUUAGUGAGGAAUGUGGCCAGAGGUCAGGUCAGAUGAAGGGAGAAGGAACCGUUUUAUUACACACUUCAUCUGCCGAGCAGCAAAGAUGUAGUGUUUAGAGGUGCAACGAGGAGACUAUGCCUAAAGGAGGGUAUAAAUAAUGGUGCUGGUGGGAACAUGAUUUUGUCUUUUCAGCUAUUUGACCCAGUGGGUGAAUAAACUUGGUUUGAGCUUUGA